AUGGCCGUCCGAAUCCCCGACGCUGGCGGGCUCAACAAUCCCAACCUCGCAUCCGCCGGCGCCAGCAGAUCACAGCCCCGCCGGCCCUCGCAGGGACCCUAUAUCCACGCCCGGCAGCUUGAGGUAGAGCAUUCCCCCGGGAACCCCGCGCGGAUCACAGCGGCGCCGCCCGCGAGGCCGAGCCCCAGGCCACGAGGUCUCCUGCGGGGAAUGGCCGCGCCCUCCAGCUGGGAUCCGGUGGGCUCGGGAGCGAUCGCCGGUGGCCUCGGCGAGGUGGCAAAUCUCUGGUGGGAGGAGGAGGAAGCGGAGGCCGCUGCCACAUACCUCCGGAGGAAAAAUCAACUAUCCAAGAGCUCCGGCGAUUCGACCGGCGCCUACGCGGGUGUCGCAAGCUGUAAACGGCAUCGGGGCGGGGAGCAGAGCACGUUUCGCCGGGCGACCUCGGCCAAGUUCAACGGAGUUCCCGCUGACGGGCAAGCAGACUCAGCACAGUCAACUGGGAAGCUGAAUCCACAGUCUCCGCGGUGGACAAAAAGGUUCCAUGUCGGACGGGCAGCACCGGACAGGAUACCCGGCGCAUCCAGGAAGAGUGCCCUUGAAAAAUCUAUCUGUGGAUAUGCAGAAAAGUUUGGGGAUGAGGUCAUCGAUCCUUGCCUGGCAACAAUGUUCUAUUCACUCGGUGAUGCUUAUGAUUUCUAAACUUGUACUUGUGGGAGCAUGGUUUCAGAAUUAGGUGUGGAAAGAGCCACCGGAGCGUAGAGAAAUCAAAAUGAAUGCAGGAAAUUGUGUGCGGAUGCUCGGUAAGUGUCCAUCACGUGAACAUGCUGAACCGUGUAUCCCUUUUGUGCAUUGUGGU